AUGUCGUCCAACGAGGUGAAACGCCGCGCGGUGCCCAAGUUCACCUCAUUCGCACCAGCCACACCAGCCCAACGAUCAUCGACACUCCGAGGCUCAUCACGAGAUCGGGAGAAGAAGGAGGACCGUGAAAGACGACAUCGCCGGAGGGAUUAUGAUCGGGACCGUCACAAGGAUGACAGUGAUAGCGAGAGGGAGAGGAAGAGAGAGAGAGAAAGAGGGAGGGACAGAGACAGGCAUCAUGCCAGGCAGCAUGACAGACAUCACAGUCGACACCAUGAUCGAGAUCGCCAUCACCGCAGACGGUCAGCCAGCCCUGCCUCACAGACCAAAGAAGCCCAUCAUCCGCUCCACAAGCCAUCAUCUACCAGCCAGAAUACCGAUCUGUUUUACUUUGACAAAAGUGAGGAUGCCUUGAUUUUCCGUUAUGGCGGAAAUGAGCGCUCAAAAAUACCAUCUUAUCGCCGCUUUGGUGCUGGAAAAUUCAUCGGCUCCCCAGGGUAUCUCUCCGUUUCUUUCCAAGGCUCGAAGGAAGUCUUCACCAUCCGAGGCCCGGGCGAGGGUAGGGGCAACGGUUCGGUCUUCGGAGACAAGACUUUGAUGGCCUGGGCCAGAGCCAAGGGAGCGAAAGCAAAGCACAUCAAGCCUGGUGUGGGUGGUGGAAAUGGAGAAUCAGCAGCAGAGGAUGGCGACUACAUAUCUCUCGAGCCUCCCAGAAAACGGCAACGUGCCGAUAGAUCACCAGCGCCUGAGGACGGCGACAAGACACCAGAUUACAGGUCCAUCUAUGGCAAAGCCAAGUCAGAGGAUGAGGACUCGGAUGGUGAUGAGACAUUGUCCGAUUCAGGGAGCGAAAACAAGGUGGGCAGUCAUCUUUCAGACAUGUCAACCGCUAAGAAGAGAUCUCUUGAACUCCAUCGCCAGGUCAAAAAUAGCCCUCAGGACACCAAAGCUUGGCUCGAGUUGAUUGGGUUGCAAGACACCCUCUUCAUGGAGCAUCAACUUGGGGGCCAGGUCAUAAUUGGGGAUCAGGUAAAAGCUCUGGCCGAACUCAAGUUGUGUCUCUAUGAAGAGGCCCUUCCCCAUGCACUUGACAUCUCUCUGAAGGAGACCUUGUUGAACGGAAUGAUGCGCGAGGGCGAAAAGGUGUGGGAUCCCAAGCAGCUUGCGAAGCGCUGGGAAGAGACCACCAAGACCAACCCCGACAGCUUCUUGUUAUGGGUUUCACGACUAAACUAUGAGCUUUCGCAGGUCGCAACUUUCACAUACGAUGAACUGAAGACCUUCAUGGUGACCAAGUUGCAAUUCCUCAACCGCACAUUAGCAACUGCAUCUUCGGAAAAGAAUGUUGUCAUGCUGUGUAGCCAGCUGAUUUACGUGUUCGUCAGAUUAACGUGCUAUCUUCGGGACUCUGGCUACAUUGAGCUGGCUGUGGCUGCAUGGCAAGCAACUCUAGAACUGAACUUCUGCCGGCCCAAGAACGCUUCGGACUUCCAAUCAGUCAUUGAGGACUUUUCUGACUUCUGGGAAAGCGAAGUACCACGAAUAGGUGAGGGUAAUGCCAAAGGUUGGCGUCACUUUGUUGAAGACGUGGGCGCUAUGACCGACCCACCAGAAGCAAUACCAAGGGAGCCAUCAGGACCUCCUCAGACGAGGGAUCCAUUUGAGGCAUGGGCGUCGCUGGAACGACGAGAGGCGGCAAAGGCACGAAUGCCGGCUCGUACCCUGGACGAAGGAACAGAUGAUGACCCAUUCCGAAUCGUCAUGUUUUCGGAUAUCAAGGAUUUGGUGUUGUGGAUCCCAUCCCAAAUGCUCCCGCAGGUACAGCUUCAGCUAGUUGAUGCCUUUUUGACAUUCUGUCGACUUCCAAAUACCGCGAAAUCUUCUGCGCUGGAAGAUCCCUUCAUUGCGCCUCGUGGACAAGCCUUUGAAUCUUUGCUGGAUCAAAUAGGCGGCCACAAUGUUUUGAAUUCGGUGGAGAUAGAGCGAAAGCCACCAUUAUUCCGGCAACAAGGUGGAAACAUGGCUCUCUCACAAGAACUCCUUUUUUCCGGGCAGGACUGGUUUCAGUAUCUCGGCCAAUGGUCUAGUCUCAGCAUAGAUGCGGAUGGUGAUGUUAGGCCUCCCUGGGUACUCGAGACACUCCAUUAUCUGGUCCUUACUUGUGGUAUUGAACAACUGGCCGAAUACUAUCUGGCAUUGGCAUGGCUUAGUGAACCUUUGGGGGUUAAGAAGGUCGCCAAGGGGCUGCUGAAACGAUACUCAUCCAACACGAGACUAUAUAAUGCCUAUGCCAUGAUCGAAUUUGCAAACGGAAACAUUGGCAUUGCCGAAAAGGUACUACUCUCGGCAACAAGCCAAAGUUCCCCCGAUAGCCAGCUAUUAUGGAACACCUGGGUAUGGAUGCACCUGAACGCAGGAAAUAUGCAACUCGCUCUGCUUCGGCUGUUGUCUUCUGUGGACAUUACUCUAGACGUGGAGAAGGGCUUGCCGGUAUCGCCAGCUCUGCUCCUAAAAGCAAGAGCUCACUUUUCUACCAAGCGAGACUACUCCCUCUCUUCUCACCAAACAGAACCGGCACUCCAAUAUGCCGAAAGCCUUGCUCUUCUCGACUACCUCUCAAGAACCGAGAACAGCAGCGGCAGCACGAAGUACUCAAGCCAAGGCAACAUCACCUCCGCUCUCGCAAACAUACAAUCUUUCACUACCGAGCUGAGCUCCCUAGGUCACCAAACCCUCCACGAACGACUCCUCCAAAUCGGCGCUCGCCUUCUCUACCACCACGCAAAUCACGGCCCUUACAAGCCUUCCACCCUACGCCAAUAUCUUCACGAAUUCCUCCGUCUCUUCCCCCACAACACGCUCUUCCUCUCCCUUCUCGCCUGGGCAGAGCAAUCCACUCUCCGGAUCAACGACCCCGUCCGCUCCAUUGUGCGCGAAAGCUUUCACACACCAGCACCAAUUCCCACGUACCGUUUCGCAAUCGAAUACGAGCUCCUCUCCGGCGCUGGCCUCAGGCCCGUCGGCGCCGCAACAAUCCAUUCCACUAAGGCCGCUUUCGAAGCCGCCGUUUCGGAUCCCUCUGCAUGCAGAUAUAACGUGGACAUAUGGAUCGGUUACCUUCGAUUCUUGACGCAGGCGGCGAGCACCCUAAAGGCUCUUAAGGAUGUGUUUUACAGAGCCGUUGCCGCCUGUCCGUGGAGCAAGAAGCUUUACAUGGCGGCGUUCCCUGCUGGUUCUACUGCAGAGCCUGGAGAGCCUGGUGAGGGCGGGGGCAGCGCAUUGGUGAAAGCCUUGAGCAGUGGGGAGUUGAGGGCGGUGUUUGGGACAAUGGUUGCGAAGGGGUUGAGAGUGCAUGUUGAUUUUGAGGGGUUUGAGAGGAAGUGGAGGGAAAAGGAAGAAGACGAAAAGAGGGUGGGGAGGGAGAAGGAGAAGGUUGAGAAGGAGGAGAAGGAGGAAUUAGAGAGGAGAGCGAGGCUGGAACGGGAGAGACGAUGGGAUUUAAGAGAUUCGCUUCAUAAAAAUCGCCAUAUGGACUCGGAUAGGGGUGAAAGGGGAGGGGGACAAUACGAAAAGUACAAUGAUCGUAAGAGGAGUAGAGAGUGGGAUAGACGGAGGGAGGGAUGGAGGAGAUGAUUGCUGAUUCUACUGGAGCAAAGUAGCAAUGGCGGCCGUAGCAGGCACCGCAGUAGACACAACGGGAAUCUGUCAACUUGGUAUGGCUGACUUGGCCGCAUGUGCCUCAGUUGGACCAAUUGUAACAAGCGUAAGUAGUUAGGUAUCUUUAGAAAGAAAAUAACUCAUAGUCUG